AGUGUUGUAAGAUAUUAAUUCAGUAUGGCAAUGUAUGGCGAUAGAUAUCAAAGUAUUAAAAGAAUGCAUACAUGUGUGCCCAUAGCAGCACCUGCUCUGCGCUCAACAAGAGCAACAAUCUGCCUGCACACACAUAAAAUAUGUGAAAAACAAGAUAUUAAGCUGCUUUUUAUUGUUACACUUAGUUCCUUGAUGAUCUCCUGUGGCCUUUCUGAUAGCUGCUCUUUUAAUCUGAAACCAAGAAAUAUCUUUUUUCCUUUGUCUAUAUCAUUAUAAUGUGACCCAGAGCCAUUGUUUUAAACCCCCGUUUUUAUUACUGUUACAAAAUAGAUUGCUGUAGUGAGAUUUUGGGCAUAGGGAAAGGGUCAGUAAACACAUUAGAGCAGCCACCGCAGGCUCUUCAGCUUCCAUGCUACCUGUUCCAAAGCAUCGGAUCAGAACGUACUUUGAAUUGAAUAUAAUCAGCAACCAGAGUUUGGAGUAUCUUUCAACAAAAUGCAGUUAUUUUAAGGUCUGAUUGCAAAGCCAAGACUGUGAAUGGGGAAAUUAAUCCUAAAGCUUAUGAGUGUGCACUGAGGCGGCCCUUGAGGCCGGGGCCGCUCUGAGGGACGGAUGGGCGGGACGGGCGCGUCAGCCGCGCGCCGGAAGGGGCUGCGGGCUCCAAGAUGGCGGCUGUGUGUGUGUGAGGGGCCGCUCCGAGCUGUGCCUCUGGGUUGGAGACCCCUACACACAACCUGGUAUCUCAUCAGGGCACGGUGGAGCUUAUGUGACUGAGGCCUCAGAUUCUGCACCCUGAGGUCGUGCUGAGCAGUCUCCAUGGCGGCUGUGCUUCACAGCGGGCUGCCUGGUGAUGGCAGCUGCCCCCAUAGGUGUCCCUCUCACUGACGUACCAUGGGAGACAUCACGGAGAAGGAAAUGGAUAGUGGCACGUUCAAAAGCGACGCCGUCCUUUCUGAUGUGCACUUGCACUGUCCCAACAAAAGUCAUCUCAUGGUACGACUGAAUGCAGUUGGACAGCCAGUGUUCCUGUCAUGUUUCAAACUCCUUUGGAACACAGAUGAUCAGGCCUCUGAGAAAUACAGAGGAGAAACUACAACUGAAAGAGAACACCAGUACGGACGUGGAGAUGAACUACCUAACGAGGACGGGAUGAAUCUGAAAUGUGAAAAAGAAUUGAAUACUGAAGGAAUAGAAGCUCUGCUGGAUGAGGAUGGAGACUUGGAAGUGGUCAGGAGGCCUCAAAGUGCCAGUGACUCAGAGGCAGAGGAUCUUAUGAGGGAUAGAGUAUAUCCUGUAAUUCUGAUGAAAGGAAAAGCAAAUGCUUUUGAAGAUGAAGAACAAGAAUGUACUUACAGCAGUGUUAUUAAAAUAGAGCAUACUAUGGCAACCCCCUUAGAAGAUGCUGGCAAACAAGUCUGGCGUGCAGCCUUUCUUCUUGCUGAUUAUAUUCUGUUUAAACGGGACGUGUUCAGGAAUUGCACAGUGCUUGAGCUUGGAGGCGGUACUGGAAUUGCAAGCAUCAUCAUGGGAAUGGUUGCCAAAAGAGUUUAUUGCACAGACGUUGGUGAAGAUCUUUUGGCCAUGUGUGAACAAAAUGUUGCAUUAAACAAACACCUGAUGGAGCCAGGAGGAGGAGAAAUUAAAGUAAAAGAACUGGACUGGCUGAAAGAUGAGUUCUGCACUGAUCCAGAAACUCCCUAUAGCUGGUCUGAAGAAGAGAUUGCAGAUUUGCAUGACAACUGUACUGUGAUAAUGGCAGCUGAUGUGUUCUAUGAUGAUGACCUGACAGAUGCCUUAUUCAGAACGCUGUAUAGAAUCACACAUAACUUGAAACAUUCUUGCACAGUUUUCCUAGCCAUAGAAAAGAGACUGAAUUUCACUUUAAGACACAUGGAUGUUACGUGUGAAGCCUACAGUCAUUUUAGAAGUACUCUAAAUGAUUUGGAGAACCUUCAUGAUGGAAAAAUGAAAUACAGCGUGGAACCCAUUAAGGCUGAUUUCUGCCAGUUUCUCAUUUAUGAACGGAUUGAGCAGUUGGAAUUGUGGAAGAUCGUUGCUGGUCAGCAAACGUGACAGGGACAUAGGAAAAUAGAAGAUGUUAAUCUAAGAAUAAUGUUUUUGUGGGGAUGCUUUACUGAAGAAUUUCCUUUUAGAACUGAGUUCUCAGAAAGUGAUUCCCUGCAG